UCUGCUCUGCCCAGACGGAGUUGAGUCUUGCCUCGUGCAGUCGCUUCUCCCGACGCUCCUGCUGCCUUCGCCACCCGGACUCCCCAGCCGCUCGCCCGCCCGCUCCCACCGGCGCCUCCCCAGGGGCCGGACCGGCGCCAGCCUCGAGCCGCCACCGCAGGCUGUCCGAGAGCCGGGAGUCCGGCACCAGUAUCUUUGGAAUUCCUCAAGCAGACAGUAGAAUCUACAAGUGCUGAGCCUAAGCAAGCCGCCGGAUCUGGGAGUCGUGUCAGACCAGACCCCCCACCCUGGGGUGGGGGGGAGGGCUCCCAGAGGAGGCGGUCCGAACCUGGACCACCUCUGCCCAGACUCCAGGCCCGUCGGACUCCGCCAGCCAGAGAAUGUCCUGAUUGCAUCCCAUCUGGCACAGAAUCAUUGAGGGCUGCCAGGGGACUUUGGCUGAAACUUCAGCUGACUGACUGACCCUGGGCCUCACGGCCCCCUCUUCUCAUUGGCAGUGGACUCUCAGACGGUAGGACCUCUCCUUGGCCUGUUUGAUCUCUCCCUGAGGCUCCCAGGCCUCCCCCUACCUCCCCCUUGGCUGUUGCCUCCACCCACUCUAGUCUGACUGAGCCCCUCCCCCGGGCUUCUUUGACCCUGCUUGCCCUGACUCCCGGGAUCUUGUAGUAUGCCAACUAGCACCGGUUCGGGUGCUUCAGCCCGCCGCUGCAGGAUGGAGGACCUCACGGCAGAGGUCCAGGCCCUACGGGCCCAGCUCCUCCAACAGACCGAGGAGAACAGCUCCCUGCAGACCCAGCUCCUCCAGCUGUCCGAGGAAAACGCCAACCUGCGGGGCCAGCUCCAGGCCACACCGGUGGGCGCCAUGGGCCUCUCUGCCCCUCGUGGCAAAUGCCCCGUCGGCCUCCCCGAGAAGUUUGAUGGGACCCCCGAGAUGCUCCCCAGCUUCUUGGCCCAGAGCCGCCUGUACAUGGAACUGCGGCCUGAAGAUUUCCCCACGGAGCACGUGCGAGUGUGCUUCCUCACCAGCCUCCUCAAGGGGCGUGCGGCCCGCUGGGCCACCCCCUACCUGCUAGAGUCCAGCCCUCUGCUAAACAACUACGAGGCCUUCAUUGAUGAGUUCAAGCAGGCCUUCGAGGACCCCCAGCGGAAAGAGGCCGCCAACCGCAAGAUCCGGCGUCUCCGCCAGGGCCUCGGCUCCGUGCUGGACUACGCCAGCGCUUUCCGUCUCUGCGCCCAGGACCUGGACUGGAACGAGCCCGCCUUCAUCGACCAGUUCCUGGAGGGCCUCAGCGACCCCAUCCAGGACGAGCUCGCCCGCGUGGAAGUGGCCCGCUCGCUGCCCGCGCUCAUCAACCAGUGCCUGCGCAUUGAGGGCAGGCUGAAUUCUCGGAGGGGGGCGUCUCCCACUGGCUCGCCCCGGCCCCAGAGCGCCGCGUCUCCCCAGACCGAGUCCGAAUCGAACCAGCUCAUCGCCCGGCCCCAGCUGACCCCGGAAGAGAGGGAGCGCCGCCGAAGACUGAACCUGUGCAUGUACUGCGGGCUGGCCGGCCAUUACGUGGACAACUGUCCAUCCAAGAAGCCAAAGUCUUCUGGGGUGGGAAACUCCCUGGCCCCGCUGUAGAGGGACCCCCAGCGCCCGGGCCUGAACCAGAAAGGUCCCCCCCAGAUGACGCGUCAUCUUCUCACUUGCAACUACUGAUCACGCUACAUCU